CGGGCAGCGAGCGGGAAGCGCGCCACGCCUGGCCCGGCCACCAUUUCCCGGGCGCCGCGGCGGCGCCGACUCGCGGGCAGCGGCCCCUCCGAGCGCCCAGCGGUCCCGAGCGCGGCGCCGGGAGCAUGAGCCUGGGCUCGCAGCGCGGGGCGGCGGCGGCCCCGGGGGUGGUGCCCGCGCCCUGCGCCUCGAAGGUGGAGCUGCGGCUCAGCUGCCGGCACCUGCUGGACCGCGACCCGCUCACCAAGUCCGACCCCAGCGUGGUGCUGCUGCAGCAGUGCCAGAGCCAGUGGGUGCAGGUGGACAGGACCGAGGUGGUCCGGAGCAGCCUGCACCCGGUGUUUUCCAAAGUCUUCACGCUGGACUACUACUUCGAGGAGGCGCAGAAGCUGCGAUUCGAGGUGUACGACACACACGGGCCCAGCGGCCUCGGCUGUCAGGAUGACGACUUCCUGGGGGGCAUGGAGUGCACCCUGGGGCAGAUCGUGGCCCAGAAGAAAAUGACCCGCCCGCUGCUGCUGAAAUUCGGCAGGAACGCCGGCAAGUCCACCAUCACGGUGAUCGCCGAGGACAUCUCGGGGAACAACGGCUACGUGGAGCUCUCCUUCCGGGCCAGGAAGCUGGACGACAAGGACCUCUUCAGCAAGUCCGACCCCUUCCUGGAGCUGUUCCGGGUCAACGACGAUCUCAGCGAGCAGCUCGUGUACCGCACGGAGGUCGUGAAGAACAACCUCAGCCCCGUGUGGGAGCCCUUCAAGGUGUCGCUGAGCUCCCUGUGCUGCUGUGAGGAGACUCGGCCUCUGAAGGGCCUGGUCUGGGACUACGACUCCCGCGGGAAGCACGACUUCAUCGGGGAGUUCGCCACCACCUUCCUGGAGAUGCAGAAGGCCUUCGCGGAGGACCAGGCCCAGUGGGACUGUGUGAACGCCAAGUACAAGCAGAAGAAACGCAACUACAAGAACUCGGGGGUGGUCGUCCUGGCAGAUCUGAAGCUCCACAGGGUCUACUCCUUCCUCGACUACAUCAUGGGCGGCUGCCAGAUCCACUGCACCGUGGCCAUCGACUUCACAGCCUCCAAUGGGGACCCCCGCAACAGCUGCUCCCUGCACUACAUCAAUCCCUACCAGCCCAACGAGUACCUGAAGGCCCUGGUGUCCGUGGGCGAGAUCUGCCAGGACUACGACAGUGACAAGAGGUUUUCUGCUUUGGGGUUUGGAGCUCGGAUCCCUCCCAAGUAUGAGGUGUCCCAUGACUUCGCCAUCAAUUUCAACCCUGAGGACGAUGAGUGUGAAGGGAUCCAGGGCGUGGUGGAGGCCUACCAGAACUGCCUGCCCAGGGUCCAGCUCUAUGGCCCCACCAACGUGGCGCCCAUCAUCUCCAAGGUGGCGCGCAUGGCGGCGGCCGAGGAGCACACCGGGGAGGCCUCGCAAUACUACAUCCUGCUGAUCCUGACGGACGGCGUGGUGACCGACAUGGCGGACACGCGGGAGGCCAUCGUGCGCGCCUCGCACCUGCCCAUGUCCAUCAUCAUCGUGGGCGUGGGCAACGCCGACUUCACCGACAUGCAGGUCCUGGACGGCGACGACGGCGUCCUGCGCUCCCCGCGGGGGGAGCCCGCGCUCCGCGACAUCGUGCAGUUCGUGCCCUUCCGGGAGCUGAAGAACGCGUCCCCCGCGGCGCUGGCCAAGUGCGUGCUGGCGGAGGUGCCCAAGCAGCUGGUGGAGUACUACAGCCACAGGGAGCUGCCCCCACGGGGCCUGGGCGCCCACACCCCCGAGGCCGGCCCCCGCUCCACACCUUGAAGGCCACGGAGAGGGGCAGCGUCCUCGGGGUCCCAUCUGUAGCACCUGGGGUCCCCCCCCAACCUCCCCAGGGGCCUCUGGUCCCCGCCCAGGCCCCUCCUGUUGUCCCGGCGCCUGGGCCCCGAGGGCUGGGAACGAAAUCAGGCGGGGUCGGCAGGGGACCGGGGUGGCCCUGCCAGGGGAGGGGCCUGACCUUUGUUGGGGGAGGUGCCCCCUCGCAGCCCCCAGUCCUGGGGGGCCAGAGCCCCGCUGCCUGGCGGCCCCCACAGCCCUCCCUCCUGCCCCUUGCUGCCACCCAGCGCCGAGUCUGCGGGGUCUGGGGGCGUCCGACGUAAUAAAGUGUCUCCUGGUCCCCACAGCUGUCUGGCGCCGUUACUGACCCUGCUGCACAGAGGCCUGGCCCCCUCCUUGCCCCCCAUGUGGAGCAGGGACUCCCCAGGGCCGCUCCUGGGCUGCUGAGGACCCGCCCAGGGUCCAAGGGGUACUGGGGGGGCCAGAGGGUGCGAUGACCCCCACCCCUGCCACCGCCAGCAAACUCCACUCAGCGUCACGAGACUCCCCAGGCCUGAAAUCGGCCCUGGUGAGGGUGUGGGCCUUGGGCAGCCGGAGCCCCCAGGUCCAAGUCUGCUGGGGGAGGAGGGGUCUUGGGGACCCAGCUGGGGGUGCCGGGCGAGCCUCGGGGCCACCUGGGCACACUCAGGUGCAGCCACCUGCCCGAGGCUCCAGCCCUGCCGGGGUUCCCAACCGAGUUUCCCCCAGAUUAUUUCGUCCAAGAAGAACAUGUGGUCCUGACCCCGAGUCCAGGCCCACCCACCCUUCAGUCAGUCCGUCCGUCCUCUCUGCCUAUUUUUAGCUCCUGA